GGCGUACAUUCUUAGCAUUGGCAUUGUUUCGUGUUUCGUUGAACCAUCACAACAUCACAACCGACGACAACCCAACACCACCAACACCACCAGCAGUAGCAGCAGCACAAGAACGAGAAGAUGGCCGACUUUGAAUUUACCGUCCAGGGAUUCCGCUUGAACAACAGCAUGCUUCCACCUGAAUACCGCACCCAAAUCCGAGUGGCCGCCUUUAUGGAGAAGAUUGAACAAAUGGCGGCCAUCACGGUUGACCUUGACAAUCCAGCGCCAGGUACCAUGCUUGGGCAGAGCUAUCUAACGGCGGAACAGCAGCUACGGGAUCUUCGUGGCGAGGCCAAGCCUCUAGAAGCUGGAGUGACUGUGGUGGCGCUCAAACAAAUGAGCAAGAACUGUGGUCUUUCCUCGACGGGUAAAAAGGCCGAGCUUAUCGAGCGCAUCUACAAUCAUGUGGAUUACUUUCAUACCGAUCACUCGGCCUGAAUACAAAGUAUAAAUGCGCCACUGUCCAAUGGUAAGGAACGGGUGAUGAUACAAACGAAUUUCCGAGCAUCUGGAAAUAUUCAAGUCAAGUCCCUCCAGUUCAUCUACAAACAAAGCAGCCAAUGCCAUGGCCUCAUCCAAACGUCUGACGGAGUCCAUCUCCAGGUGCCCCUGUGCGAUCAAACCAUCAAAUUACAGCCUUUGAAGGUGUGGUACGCAAGCAAAGAGCCAUAAUAGGGGCGGAAUAAUGCAUUACUAUAGCCAGCUUGCUUUCUAAAAUGACAAUGAUUGAUUAGGAGGGAAGAAACAUCAUGAUGCUGUGUGCGGCUGAAGCGCUUUCCAAAUAUCGGUA